AUGACUCUUGAUUCCACUUCAAUAAAGGAUAGAAAGAGUAUACCCAAUGUGGAGAACAAUGCGUCACUGGACCAAAGUGCGGAUCGCGAUGCAGAGACAAGCGCAACCACAAAGUCGAGGAAAACUUUGAACCCCACAUCCAAGUCGACGCCUGUAUCUUCAAAGGAUUUGCCUACUUCUGAAACAUCCACUGCAACAAAGGCAGCCUUACAGGAUAAACAAAAGAGGCGAAAGCAUAAGAACUCCAAGUUGGGAUGUCCAAACUGUAAGCAACGACGCGUGAAAUGUUCAGAAGACCUUCCUUCUUGCAAGAAUUGUAUAAAACACAAGGUUGAAUGUGGAUACUUGCACUACACCAAAGAGGAGAUUGAGGAGCUAAAACAAGCAAAACUAGAACGUCAACAAAUGGUAGAUGCGUCGAGGUCGGGCACGAAAUUGGAAUCGGAGGAAGUCGAGCAUCAACCGGAGUCGGGCUUUGGCUCGAAAGAUGGAUCCCCCUUGGUGAAAUCAAACUCUCCUUCUGCUAUCAGAGACAACAAACAGAAGAGAACAGCAAACAAAACAAGGAUCCUGAAGCCUAAAGAUGCACGCACGUCGGCAAAGGCUACACAGAGAGCGGCGCUGAAACGUAAUCAAUCGCGGGACACUAUAUCAACCACGAACCCGGCAUCGAGCACAUUUCAGUCAAAUGAUAAAGAACAAUCUCAAGACACACUCACCAAUAAAACCCAAGUUAAUGGAAGCGUUGUAGUCCAAAACUUUGAUGAUUUACUUGGCAAUGAUUCAGGAACGGGAAACUCAAUCAUAUAUCCUGUCUAUCGAAUGCAUCAAAACCAUCUGGAGGAGCAUCAUUUUAAUAUCGAUCACACUGAAUUUUCAGGAAAAAAGACAGACCUUCUCAAUCUACCAACUACACCAACCUCGUUUGUGCCAGGAACUGCUUUACCUGGAGCAGUCCACAGACCGACGCUGUUUUCUGUUAGUCGUUUCGCAAAUCACGUCAAUUAUGCAAAGGAAAGUGAACAAUUGUACGUGAGAGAGAAUCUGGACAUAAUGCACGGAGAAAUGGACCUCGAGCGAGUGAGAUAUGUGUAUUGGAACUGGUUGAGAUCAUGUGUUUAUCAAGGUGCUUUGCAUCCGUUACGAUUUUACUGCUUGCUUAACAUAUGUGCCAAUUAUUUAAUAUCCAAUUGCUUUGAGGAUUCAAACAAACAGCUUGGCGCUGGCGCAACAAACUCGCCAAUUGAGAGAGGUAAAGAGUUGGCUCACAUGCGUCAAACAUGUCUUGUAAAAACAAUACAUUACUAUGACCAGGUUAUAAAGCGUUUGAGGACUAUGUUGGCUUCAAAUAAUCCAAAUCCUGACACCACGUGCACCAUUUCCUAUUUGUUGGGUUUGACUUCGAUGUACGAUCCCGAGCGCUCCUCAUAUUCUACAAAUUGUUAUCGAGAAGGCCUUUUUGGCAUGUUGGAACAUUUUAAUAGUCUAAGUGGACCCAGAGAUCCUCCAUUGGUUGUGAAGGUACAGCUUAAGUUGAUGACAAACAUUAUGAUGACAGGGAACUUACCUGCUUACGGUCCCGUGCUUUUAGCUGAUGCACGUCAAAUGUUGAUUGCAUAUGGAGAUAUCAUAUUUUCAAUAUGUGAGCGUUUCGCAAACACGGUGGCACAAGACGACCCACGAUUUUCCACCUGCCAUUUCCUCCAAUUGAAAUAUCAUCAGCUUUUGCAAUUUAUGAGUGAGACUAUUGACGUAUAUUAUCCACAGAUCAAUGGAAACAUGGGCAAUAUGCAAGCACAGCAAUACAUCUUGUAUCAAAUGUUAGCCAAAUGGGUAAUCAUUUUCCCCAGUCAAUUACUUUUCCCCAAUGCAAGCCAGGGUCCUGUUGAAAAAGUCAUGUAUUUGUUCUACAAGUUUGUGAAGAAGGCACUAUUUGCUGUUUUCCCACAUGUGAAAUUUUUCUUUCUACGCAAUUUUGAUGGACCUACGUUGUUGGAUGUGUAUGCCAGUGACGACUACAGUGUUUAUGAGGAGCUAUUGCAGCCAUCAAAUUUGAAAGUUGACAUAUCUUAUUAUAAUCCUCAUAUUGAGCAGUUAAAGUAUGUUGCUGCUUUCUUGAUUCGUGGCUCAACAUACAUGUCUAAACGGUUUGCUAUAUUGUACCCGUUGCUAAUGAGAUUCAUCGCCAUGCAUGAUUUUCAAGGUAGUGACAUAAACGAAUGGCGCAAAACUGUUCAAAACUUUGCUGCCUUACGGGAAGAUUUUCGCGAGAAGAUGCAAGUGUCGGAAAUGAAUUUAAAUUCACUCACCCAUGGAUAUAUUCAAAGAAGCAAUUACCCCAUGGUGGGAAGCGAAAUAGGGCACCAUAAUAUUUCGAACGAUUUACUUGUUGAUUUCUCAACGUUGUUACCCCUGGGACUUUUAGCAGGAGAUUACGAUCCUGCUCUUGACAGAGUGUGA